AUGCCGCAAGGAGAGCCAAUUCGCUUGCAUCGUCUGCGAAGCCUCCUUUUGUUCGGACGACCUCUCACGCACUUGCACGGACAAGGUGAGCUGGGGGUCACUGAGGAGGUUGCCGAGAUUGUCGGGGGAGGUGUUGGGGAUUCCGAAACGUCCGGAGUCAUCUCUUCCGGGGUGUGUAUCAUCUCUUCCGGGGUGUGUAUCAUCUCUUCCGGGGUGUGUGUCAUUGGUUCCAUGGUUGAAAUUACGGGUGUCUCCGUCAUUGGUCCUGGGGUUUCUGAAAUUGUCGGUGGCGGAGAUACAGAUACUUCCGGAUCACAGCAUUGCCACCCAUUGAGUCCGUUUCGUUGGCAUCGCUGGACUUCACAACCGUCAUAUACUUGUCGUCGACACUGCCGUCCUGCACGCCGGCGCGGCCUUCCCCUAGCGAAGCAUAGACACGGACAUUGCGAGGUUUGCCUCAACGCUGCGCCUGCCGUAGUACCCUGCACGCUAUUCGGCGAGAGCAUAAGAACAACACAUGCCAUAAGUAAGACGAAAACCUUCAUUCUUGACGAGAUAUCUUGA